GCUCAGGCUGGACAGUGGCCAGAGAGGAGGGAUCUGUCCCUCUGUUCAGACAGAGAGCCCAGGAGCAGCAUGGAGAGCCAGGCAAGGGGCAUCUCCCCCUUCCCAAGCUGCCUAGGACCAGAGCUGAAGGUGAAAGUGAAAGAGAAGAUGCAGAAAAAAGGGGCUGGCAUGCUCUGAGGGAAGGUGAAAGCGAAAGGAGGAAGCUCAGUAGUGCAGCCCGAGAGAGGUCAAGGCUUCGGCCUUCCUCCGUGUUGAUCCCACUCCUCUGACCCCCUGCCCACCCGGAGAUGCAGAAGACAGCGCCAGAACCCCAAAAGGGCUUCUCCUUCGAAAACUGCGAGAGAAACGCAGCCUUAGAACGCUCCCUCCCGGGGCUCCGUGUCCCUCAUGCACGCAAGACCGGAACCACCAUCGCAGGCCUUGUGUUCCGAGACGGGGUCAUCCUGGGCGCGGAUACGCGGGCCACUAACGAUUCGAUCGUGGCGUACCAGAGCUGCGAGAAGAUCCACUUCAUCGCCCCUAAAAUCUACUGCUGUGGGGCUGGAGUUGCCGCGGACGCAGAGAUGACCACGCGGAUGGCGGCGUCUAACAUGGAGCUACACGCGCUGUCCACAGGCCGCGAGCCCCGCGUGGCCACGGUCACCCGCGCUUUGCGCCAGACGCUCUUCCGGUACCGGGGCUACGUGGGCGCCUCGCUGAUUGUGGGCGGCGUAGACUUCACCGGACCGCAGCUCUACUGCGUGCACCCCCACGGCUCCUACAGCCGUCUGCCCUUCACGGCCCAGGGCUCCGGCCAGGAUGCGGCCCUGGCAGUGCUGGAGGACCGGUUCCAGCCGAACAUGACGCUGGAGGCAGCGCAGGAGCUGCUGGUGGAAGCCAUCACUGCAGGGAUCCUGGGUGACUUGGGCUCUGGGGGCAGUGUGGAUGCAUGUGUGAUCACUGGGACCAGCGCCAAGCUGCUGCGAACACUGAGCUCUCCCACAGAGCCUAUAGAGAGGUCCAGCCAGUACCGCUUUGCCCCUGGGACCACAGCUGUCCUGUCGGAGACAGUGAUGCCGCUGACCCUGGAGCUGCUGGAGGAAACUGUGCAGGCCAUGGAUGUGGAGUGAAGAUCGGCCAGUCACCAAGGGCUCAUACCUUGCCCUCCUGUGCACAAGGCCCCUCCUAGGUGUAUCAUCUCAUCACGAACAGUGUGGGCUUUGGAGCCAGACAGAUGAAGGUUUGGGUCCAAACACACCAUGUGGCGGAAGAGUCAGCAUCUCCCUGAGCAAACCGUGACACCCAUUCCAAGUUGAAGAGGAAUCACUGAGGUGAUAUGUUAGGAUUUGCAACCCGCCAGCACCCCCCUCCUGGCCCUGGCCCUUCCACAGCAGAGCCGGUGCAGGUAGACAUUCCCUCUACCAGUCAGGAACACCCCUGGGUGCUGAGCAGGCUUCUGUGAGUUUGGUGCUCCUGAUAGCCCUGGGAGACUUCCCUGAUCCCAGCCACCAGGUGGUUACCGUUAAGUCUAACCACAAGUCCUUGGUACCUGGUGCUCAACAUUUGGGAUGUGAGGUGGUUCAGGGAUCCAGUCAGGGGCCAGGCUUUGGGAGGUGGAGGAGGUGAGAGCCUCACACCUGGGCUCUGUCUGAUAAGUCAAGGCCUGAGUGGAGGACCUUGACCCAAAGAGACCCUCCUCCUGCCUAGAGCAAGGAGGAAUAAUGGCAGGGAGCUGAACCUCCACAGCUGCCUGGCCUCAGUCCUGGGACUUUGGCUCAAGGAUGAAGAGAACCAUAAAGCCAGGCCCAGUUCUCAACCUCACGCCUGCCACAGUGUUGCUGCUCAGCCUCAUCCUUACCCUGGUCCUCCUUGGCUCCUCCUUGGGUAAGUGGGCCUGGCCCAGCCCUGACUGAACAGCCUUAGGGCAACCCAGCUCCCAGCAGCAGCCCAGGCUUCCUGCUCAGGGGCUCAGGGCAGGGGCCAGGCUGGCUAGAAGGGAAGCAGGUGGACAGAGUAGGCAAAGGAGAAAGGAUGUGGCAAGGCUGGGCAAGAGGGGGUCAGGGGCCAGUCUCACAAAUGGGACAGGAGCUUGGGCUGGGCCCAAGAGCCGGGGAGGGUUUAGGAAGCUGAGAAGCAAAGGUUGGACGUGUAGUUUAGGAAGAGCCUUCUGGCUGCAUGUGGGGUAUGGACCGUUGAGGUCUGGAGGGAGUGAAGAGGCUAGGAAGGAGACGGGAAUAUUCCUGGGGACAGGGAGAAAAAUGGCCUGGGAUUGGGGGUGGGGUG